CCUACAUUAAGGCUCAUCUCCAAUCUCCGUUGUCUGUUGAGUAGAGCAAGAAUUCCUUCCGUCUUCGUCUUCCGCGAUUCAGAAUGCUAUAAGGGCACUCUGCUAGUCACCACAGUGCUGCUAUGGCAUUCAGUUCUUGUCAGCCUGAAGAAGUGCGUCUUCUAA